CAAUUAGAUAUUGGAAAGAGACGACGAAACGAGUUAGAGAGUGAUCAGAAUCAGAUAAAAAAAAUGGCGACGAAGGAGAAACCGAAGAUCGUGUGGAACGAAGGGAGGCAUAGAUUCGAGACGGAGGAUCACGAAGCUUUCAUAGAAUACAAGAUGAAGAACGAAGGUAGUAAAGUCAUCAUGGAUCUGGUUCGAACCUUUGUACCGCCGUCGAAAGCAGGAUUAGGUUUGGCUUCGUAUCUCUGCGUCGCCGCCUUCGAACACGCCUCCGAACACUCUUUCUCCAUCGUCCCCACUUGCUCCUACGUCUCCGAUACGUUUCUUCCUCGGAACCCAUCGUGGAAGCAUCUGGUUUACUCAGAGGAUUCCAAGACCAUCAAGUCUAGCAUCUGAUCUCAUCUUCUACUUGAAAAGCCUUUUGGUGUAAUAAAACUUAAAACACUUCAGGUUACAUUAUUAUAAAGCUUAUUUCAUGUCUCUGUAACAACAAAAACAAAAAUCCCGGUAUGUAUUGUAUUUUUUCACAAUUCGACAGCAACAAAACACUAAUGUUGUCAACAUUAUAAAAAUAAAACGUGACAAAAAUACAUUAUUCUA